AUGGCGUCUCAACAGAGCGAUGUUGAUGAACUGUUUGACGUGAAAAAUGCUUAUUAUAUCGGCAGUUUUCAGCAAUGUAUCAACGAGGCUCAAAAAGUGAAGGUAUGACGCAUAUUCUAAUGAUUUAAACGUGUUUAAUUCUAAUUUAUUUUCCCAUAAUUUGGCUUUAUCCGGUACCCAAUUGCUAACAUUUGUUAGCGGCCAUGCUACCUUCAUCCCCCGAGAAGGAAGUUGAAAGAGACACAUUUUUGUAUAGGGCUUACAUCGCUCAGAGGAAGUAUGCUGUUGUCCUGGAUGACAUCAGAGCCAAUUCCCCAGCAGAGCUUCAGGCCGUGAAGAUGUUUGCAGAGUAUUUAUCCAGUGAAAACAAAAGGGAUGCUAUUGUUGUGGAUUUGGACAAGCAGAUGGCAAAGAGUGUGGAUGCUGCUAACACCACCUUCCUUCUGAUGGCUGCUUCCAUCUAUUACCACGAGCAGAACACUGAUGCUGCUCUCAGAACUCUGCACCAAGGAGAAAGUCUGGAGUGCAUGGCGAUGAGCAUUCAGGUGCUCCUGGGUCUGGAUCGAGUAGACUUGGCGAGGAAAGAGCUGAAGAAGAUGCAGGAACAGGACGAGGAUGCUACUUUAACCCAGCUAGCCACAGCCUGGGUCAACAUUGCUGUGGGCGGAGAGAAGCUGCAGGACGCCUACUACAUUUUCCAGGAGAUGUCUGACAAAUACUCUGCAACGCUGCUGCUCCUGAAUGGACAGGCGGCCUGUUACAUGGCUCAGAACAAGUGGGAGGAGGCGGAGGGCGUCCUGCAGGAGGCCCUGGAUAAGGACAGCAGCCAUCCUGAGACGCUGAUCAACCUCAUUGUGCUGACUCAGCACUUGGGCAAAGCUCCCGAGGUUACAAAUCGGUAUCUGUCGCAGCUGAAAGAUGCUCACAAAGCUCAUCCCUUCCUGAAAGAUUAUUUAGCCAAGGAGAACGAGUUCAGCCGACUGGCCAUGCAGUACGCCCCCACCGCCUCAGCCUGAAGCUUCUGCUGAGGCAAACGGCGGUAAAACACCAGAAAAACGUCAUUUUAUGUCCUCCUGGAUGAUUUGUCAUGGAAAUCUGUGCAGUUUUGUUUAAAGCCACACAUUAUUUGUGAAAACACCUGAAACAUGGUCCUUUGUCAUACAAAUGUCAGCAUCUGUGUAAUAAAACAUUCCUGUAAAAUGAGAAUAAAGGUCUGUAACAGAAACCC